UCGACGCCCAUAUGAGGCGUUUACUUUCAUAUGUCCGCAUUUUAAGUAGGACAGUAAACAGUAAAAGCUUUCUCUGUCCUGUUGCAGUUGCACUCAUAUAUCAGAUAUUACAAUGUCAAGGUUUCUUCUCAGAGGCAACCUCAGGAGAUGCAUUGCCUCUCAGAUUAGGAUGGCAUCUGAUCAGCUUGGCGAGUUGGGCAAGGGAGCAGGUAAAGGUGGAGGUGGAGGAGGCUCUGUGAGGGAGGCAGGGGGUGCAUUUGGAAAGCGAGAAGUGGCAGAAGAGGAGCGGUACUUCAGGCAGAAGGAGAGGGCGCAGAUGGAGGCACUGAGGAAGCAUCACUCAGAGGAGAUUGAUCACCACAAGAAGGAGAUUGAGCGCCUGCAAAAGGAGAUUGACCGCCACAAGGGCAAAAUCAGAAAGCUGAACCAUGAUGACUGAGGCUCGGAAGCCUGGUCCUCUAUUAAAUAGUUGACUGCUGGUCAAGGCACGUCCUCUACAAGACUUCAUCUGAUCAGUAAAGCAGUUAACUUUUUUAUUUCAUUAAAGUGUUUGAACAUCUGUGA